CCUCGCUCGCCUGUCAGAGCGCCGGACGCGAGCCGCGCGGGAGGACUGGGGCUUGCACCAUGCUGCUGCUGGGGCUGCUGCUGCCGCUGCUCUUGGCUCGGCCCCUGCCGGGCGGCGCGCAAGAGCCCGAGGCGGCGUGCGGCCCGGACGGCUGCUACGCCGUCUACUUCCAGCGCCGCGGCUUCCUCGACGCCUGGCGCAGCUGCCGGGAGCUGGGCGGCGACCUGGCCACGGUGAAGCACCACGAUGAGGCCGCCCAGGUGGCCGAGCUGCUGCGGGGCAGCGUCGGGGCCCGGGUGGAGCGCAGCCCGCGGCUCUUCUGGAUCGGUCUGCAGCGCCAGCCCCGCCAGUGCUUCCCGCUGCGGCCUCUGCGGGGCUUCACGUGGACCACGGGCGAGCAGGACACCUUCUACACCAACUGGGCUCGGCCGGCCGGCGAGGCGGGCGGCGGCAGCUGCGGGGCUGCGCGCUGCGUGGUCCUGGACGACCAGCAAGGCCAGUGGCUGGAGGGCUCGUGCACCGUGCCGGUGGACGGCUACCUGUGCCGCUUCACCUUCCAGGGCAUGUGCCCGGGCCUGGACGAAGAAGGCGGGCCGGUCACCUACACCACCCCUUUUGGGCCGGUCGGCAGCAGCCUGCGCUAUGUGCCCUUCGGCACGGUGGCGGCCGUGACGUGCGGCGGGGCCGUGCCGGCUGUUUCGGUGCUGUGCAUGCAGAAGGACGACGGCACGGUGGGCUGGUCCAAAGAGGCGCCCCUCUGCCGGGAGCACGUCUACCAACACAGCUGGUGCGAGGGCGACAACGGCGGCUGCCAGCAGCUGUGCCUGGACGAGGGACCCGGCUACUCGUGCGAGUGCCACAGCGGCUACCUCCUGAUGCCCGACGGGCACUCCUGCGCGCCCAGCGACGCCUGCCAGGGCCAGCACUGCCAGUUCGAGUGCGUGCCGGACGAGGAGGGCGGCUACCAGUGCCAGUGCCCGGAGGGCUAUGAGCUGAGCAGCGACGACCACCACUGCGAGGACCUCGACGAGUGCGCGGAGGCGCCCUGCGAGCAUCAGUGCGAGAACACCGAGGGCUCCUAUCUGUGCCGCUGCCACCUGGGCUUCAGCCCGUCGGAGGACGAGCCGGGCCACUGCACCGACACCGACGAAUGCCAGAUCCCCGGCGUGUGUCAGCAGAUGUGCGUCAACUACGUGGGAGGCUUCGAGUGCUACUGUACCGAAGGCUACGACUUGGAACCCGACGGCAUCAGCUGCAGCCCCGUGGCCCAGGCGCCCGCGCUGGCCACUGCCCAAAGCCACCAAGGCGGCGGUUUCCUCCAGCACUUCGGGGGCGGCCACGGAUGGCCCCCCGAGAUCCACGACCACGCGGAUCAUGGCCUGGCCCUGGCCGACCACUUCCCAGUCUUCCGGGACUUCGGGCUGGCCUUCCCCACAGAUGCCUCCCUGGCUGUCACUGUUCCUCCCAAACCCAGCACUGCCCCCUCAGUGUCCCACUCUCCUCCCUCAGGGCAAGAGCCCUCCCCGCCAGAGGGUGCCAGUCCUCCCAACCCCACAAGUGGUUCCUCCCCACCUUCUGCCACCGGCACCUCCAAUGCCACCCAGGCAGUCGUCCGACGAAACUCGCCCAGUGAUUCUGCAGCCACAGAGCCCCCAUUGCCAUUGUUCACCCAGGUCCCCACAGCCUCUGCCCCCUUGCCCCCUCCAGCCCUGGGGGACGCUGUGAUAGGGGGAGUCCGAGCACUGCUCCCAGCCACCCCCAGCCCGACCCCAGGCCAAGGGGAGCAGACGCGCCGGCGGCGGGAUGACCGAUGGCUGCUGGUGGCCUUGCUGGUGCCCAUGUGUGUCUUCAUAGUCAUCAUGCUGGCGCUGGGUAUUGUCUAUUGCACCCGCUGUGGGGCUCAAGCCAAGAGCCGGAGCAUCACGCAGUGUUACCGGUGGGUCAGCAGCUCGGCAACCAAGGGGGGAGCUCCACCGGCCUCCAGGCCUGCCCAGCCAGCCACUUGCCGAACCAGCGUCUGAGCCCCUGCUUGGCAGGCUCAGGUGGCACCUGGAGAGCCGGCCCAACAGACUUCAUUCCUCUCCCCAGGCAGGGAAGCAGAAACCACCAGCCGGGGCUGGGAGGCAGGUCUGCCUGGGGCAGUACAAGCAGGAACGCUGCUGGCCGGCACAAAGAGGCCAGAAACAGGACCAGGCCUCUCCUUGAGCCCGUUGGGGUUCUCCUAAUGUAGGACUCCUAAUGUAGCCAGGCUGCUCAGAACCUCUGUACCAAAGGGACAGCUGGACCCACCAACACUCCGUAACGGGGACCUUGUGCAAGCUGCACCAGCCAGAAGGAAACUUAUCCCUUCUUUGACCAAACCCUGGCUGGAAUGGGGCUCACAAGCCAUUUGGUUCAUGCCAUCGCUCCUGUUUUUAACCCCCGCCCCACAGUGAUGUCUGUUCCAUUCAAGAUACUAUGGUGGGGGGAGGCUUCGGGGCCCAGUUUUUCUAGUGGAUGAGGCAAUGCCCAUGGGGCUGCUAAAGGGGGGCAGAAUGGAGAAGUACGGUGAAGAGAUCCAGCGUGCCAGUGCAGGGCUGCAUUGAUCGUGACUGAUGAUGUACUUUUCCUUUGUGGGGGAAUUGUUCUCUGUCUCCCCCUCCCCAUUUUUUUGUGUGUGUGUGUCCAAUAAAGGGACUGGCGCCUCA